GGGAAACGCGUGCGGCGGCCACACAUUUCUUUUAUUAAUAAAGCGUUAAAAAUAAAUGGUUAACAAUUGUAGAUAUCAAAGGUGGGUGGGCCAAGUAUCUUCUGGCGCAGUGCGGGUUGGGCCAGUAAAGUGCAACCACUUUCCCAGUUCCCGUGCAAAUGAACAAAACCUGUCACUUUUGCUGUGACCUGACGAGCAAGAAGAAGACUAGCCCACGGAAAACAACAACAACAAGAACGACAUUAGCAGCAGGCCAAAUUGUUGCGUAUUGUUUUUUGUUUUUUCAGUAGGGUUCUUGGGUGCGAAUUUCGUGAAAAAAGUGUGCUUGCCAACAUACGCAUAACUUAUGUCUGAUAAAAGUGCGAAGGAAUCAUGUAUCAGUAAGAGUGCGAGCUGCAGCAGCAGACGCAAGAGAAGGAAGUGAGCGAAAACGCAACCAAAACCCGAGUAUAUAUUCUAGCAACGUGCUGUGUCGAACGAUGUCCCAUGGCGAGGAUGUGUUAGACAACUGGGAGGAAAUCGACGAGGAUGAGCUCUCUAUGACUCUGCAAACAAAGCUGCAGGCGAGCGACCCACCUGUCAACAAAAUGAAAUUGCUCCAACGGCCGCAGAGCGUACAGGAGUCCUCACAAAUCCUCAGCAGCGGCGAUGGUGGUGGAAGCGGGGGCGGGAAUCCCCCGCCACGGCAGAUCACAAUUGCCCGGAAGCCCCAAGCACCGCCAGCAGAGGUUGACUCAUCUACCCAGCAGCAGCCCGUCAUGAUGGUGCUGCACAAGACGACCAAUGACUAUGAUGCGGCCACCUAUUGCACGCCCACCAGCAACCAAACCGUCAAGAUACUGCGACGGCCCGCCCAGUCGGAGGAGCGGCGGGACAUUAACGGGAUGCGACCGAAACAGCCCAUCAAGACCCUCAAGCAGCGCGAACAGGAGUACGCCGAGGCCAGGCUGCGCAUCCUGGGCGCUGCCAAAAACCCGGAGGAUGACAAACCGGCCACUCCCUUCACGCCAGCUGUCAAUAGCAGCAGUGUGGCUGUUUCGUCCGCGCCGACGCCUGCCACUCCCCCCUCUGCGGUCAGCAACAACAACGUCAUCAACAACAAUAGUAGCCAUCCAGCAGGCGGAAUGCACCGCUCGAGUUCGGCACCGAAGAUGUCCCAAGUGACGCCGAUGUAUAAUAACUACAACAGCUACUUCCCGGGGCUGCACAAUCAGCCUGGCCUUAACUACUACUAUCCGCAUAACCCGCAACAUCAGCAUCCGCAGCAACAGCAACAGCAGCAGCAGCCGUCGCAGCAUUUCAAUCAACGGCUACCGCCGUACGGAGGCGGAGGAUCGGGACUGGGCGGUGUUGGGAUGCAGGCUCAGGCGCCGCCCCAGUCGUCGCCCAAUCCGCAGCAGAGCUGGUCACCUGUUGUGGGCGGAUCAGUGUCCGCUGCCCUCCUGCGCCAACAGUCGCUCCAGUCGCCGCAGCAGCACCAGCAGCAGCACCAGCAUCAGCUGCAGCAGAACCAUCAGGCGCAGCAGCUCGGCCAGCACCCGCAUCCGUUCAACGACCUAGUCCUGCGCCUGCCCAAGGGUCCCUGUCCGAAUGGCUCCAUUGGCUUUCAGAUGCGGCGGUAACAGAUUGCGGCGAUGGAGCAAGUCCUGUCUAUUUCAAUAACUUCUAAUUUUCAACUUGGUACUUCGAUUCCAAAUGCAUGUUUUUAAAUAUAUAUAUAUAUAUAAAUUAAAAUGAAGCGAAAAGCGCAAUCCACGACGCAUUCUGAGAUUCAAUGUCGCCACACAUUUGCACUCAGGUUCGAUGUGGCGCGUUUUCGUUGAUCUACCCAAAUUUUAUGACGGACUAUGGUAGAUAUUUUGUAAAUUUACAACUCACACCACAAAAUUUUGUAUAAUGCAUACUAAUAAAACGAAGCGGUAAUUUUAAAAUGUGACGCAA